AAUAUCGGGACGAUAAUAUCCCGGUAAAAAGAGCGAGAAAUAAAAAUAACUAAACAUUUUGUUAUCAUUUGUUUAGUUUAUUAAUAAGACAAUGGUUGUUUUUUUAAAGUAUGAUAAAUGUGACAUCUAUCUCAUUUAAUUUAUCUAAGACACUCUAAAUUCUUAAAAUGGAUUUAGAUUUAAAAUUAAAAAAGCAAGUCAGUUCUGAUCAACUGAACGCUUUGUUGGAUUUCUUGAAGGAGCAUAAGGACCUGGCUAAAGGUUUGAUCAGAGGCAGACGUGGAAAACUAAAUUCAUUGAAAUUGUGGAAUUUGUGUGCUAAAAAACUUAAUGUACUUAAGGAUGGUGCAACAAAAGAUGGAAAAGGUUGGUCAAAGUAUUGGUGUGAUUGGAAGUACAGAGUACGAAGACGAGCUCUGGAACAGAAAUCCACUAAACAAAAUAAAACUUUACUUAUGGAAAAUUGUUCACCCUUAUCAAUGUUGGAAGAAGAAAUUUUGAACAUAAUUGGCCCGGCUGCUUUAGAUACUGUUGUGAUAAAACUGGAUCCUUUAGCAGAGACGGACAUAGAUGAAAUUGACAACAACAUAGAAAAAAAUUCAGAAUCUGAAUAUUCAGGAACACAGCCCAAGUUAAUAAGUGGUAGAAAAAGACGACAUACAUCAAGAGAUCUUGAUGAUUCAGACAGCCAUAGAGAUAUUUCCUGUGAUAGGAAACCUAAGCUACCUGCCAACGAGGAUGAUUCAGAUCACAAUGAGGCAAAAGAAUUUUUGCGUUUGGAAAAAGAAAAAUUAGAAUAUGCUAAGAAAUCACAAGAAUCUUUACAAACAAUAUCGUCUGAAAUAACAAGACUUGCUGAUGUCAUGAGUCAUAUUAGAGAUGUCUUAAUCAAUAAUAGAAUGAAUGUUUAAAUAGAUUUAGUCUUUUAAAAAAAAAAUAUAUCUAAA